GUCAAUCCAUCUCUCUUAGCUUAACUUGCAGUGUAGUGUUUCCUUAAGCUAAGAAAAGAUGGUGAAUGUAUCUGAGAUUCGCAAGGCUCAAAGGGCUGAAGGCCCUGCAACUAUAAUGGCUAUUGGCACAGCAACACCACAAAACUGUGUUGAUCAAAGCACUUAUCCAGAUUAUUACUUCAGAAUCACUAACAGCCAACACAUGACCGAACUUAAAGAGAAGUUUCAACGCAUGUGCGACAAAUCAAUGAUCAAGAAGAGAUAUAUGUACUUAACGGAAGAGAUCUUGAAAGAAAACCCAAACAUGUGCAAAUACAUGGCACCAUCGCUGGAUGCAAGGCAAGACAUGGUGGUUGUGGAGGUUCCAAGGCUGGGAAAAGAGGCGGCAACGAAAGCCAUAAAGGAGUGGGGUCAACCAAAGUCAAAGAUAACACACUUGAUCUUCUGCACCACAAGCGGCGUUGACAUGCCCGGCGCCGAUUACCAACUGACGAAACUCUUAGGCCUCCGUCCGUCCGUGAAGAGGUACAUGAUGUACCAGCAAGGCUGCUUCGCUGGCGGCACGGUGCUCCGUUUGGCGAAGGACUUGGCGGAGAACAACAAGGGUGCUCGUGUGCUGGUGGUUUGUUCUGAGAUAACCGCCGUGACUUUCCGCGGUCCAAGCGAAACACAUUUGGAUAGUCUUGUUGGGCAAGCAUUGUUCGGUGAUGGCGCUGCUGCACUCAUUGUUGGUUCCGAUCCUCUGCCUCAGAUCGAGAAGCCUGUCUUCGAGCUUGUUUGGACUGCUCAGACUCUCGCUCCCGACAGCGAAGGCGCCAUUGAUGGCCACCUUCGUGAAGUUGGACUCACAUUCCAUCUUCUCAAGGAUGUUCCUGGCAUUGUUUCCAAGAACAUUAACAAAGCACUCACUGAAGCUUUUGAUCCCCUGGGAAUCUCUGAUUACAACUCCAUCUUCUGGAUUGCUCACCCUGGUGGCCCUGCAAUCUUGGACCAGGUUGAAGACAAGCUCAAGUUGAAACCUCACAAGUUGAGAGCCACACGUGAUGUUCUUAGCGACUAUGGAAACAUGUCCAGUGCUUGUGUCCUCUUCAUCUUGGAUCACAUGAGAAACAAAUCACUUCAACAAGGCCUUCAAACCACCGGUGAAGGUCUUGAAUGGGGUGUCUUGUUUGGCUUUGGACCUGGCCUCACUAUUGAAACUGUAGUUUUGCAUAGUGUGGCUAUAUAACAAGAAGAAGGGGGAGGAGCGUCCUUUAAUCAAUUCCUGCUACUUAUUUAUGAUUUAGUUUGAUUAUUAAUAAUUGAUUAUUGCGUGCGACCACAAGUCUUUCAAUUUUAUUGUGUAAGCAAAUUAAAGGAAUAGAAAAAUACUCAAAUCACAUCAUUGUGGAAAU